AAGGAAUCCACUUGCCAGUCAUAUGUGACUUAUAGUAUGAUCCUUUCUUUCAGUGUCCUCGCACCCCUCGUGCGGUUCAGGGCGGUACGAUUAAUAAUCUGUUCACUGGCCUAUCAAAGGCUCACUUUUUCCGUGCCUCGGCUCUUCUAAAGCUCAACCGCAAAGCAUUGCUCCUAGCAGUAGUUAUCCCUAAGUUUCUCUCGCGCCCCUCUCCCUAGUUCCUUGACACGUUUUCAACUUCGUAAUCUUCCCCCUCUCUUCCCUCUCUCUUCCUUCUCCCCAGAGUCAAUUUCGAAUGUUGUAUUACUAUGGCUGAAGAACCCAUCCAACUCGAGUACCGCGGCAAAGUGGCCAUCAUCACACUCAACCAGCCCAAGAAACUCAAUGCACUGAACCAAGAUCUCUACUUCAAGCUUGCCUUGUGCAUGCAUGAAGUUGCAGCACGGGAUGAUAUAUAUAUCACCGUUCUCACAGGGAAGGGGCGGUAUUUCUCCGCAGGAGCAGACGUCUCUAUUGGCGGCUCCCAACCCAGCUCGGGUGACACCCGACGGUACUGGCUACAAAACUUCGUCUCCAAUAACCUUCACAUAACUCACGCCUUCUACACUCACCCCAAGAUCCUGGUGACGGCUCUUAAUGGCCCAGCAGUUGGUCUCUCUGCCGCCCUCAUCGCAUUCUCCGACUUUAUUUACGCGGCACCGCAUUCGUUUCUAUUGACGCCCUUCUCGUCCUUGGGUCUCGUGGCCGAAGGAAAUGCGAGCGUAGGCUUUGUGCGGAGGCUGGGCAUUAGUAAAGCAAACGAAGCGCUCAUAAUGAGUAAGAGAAUUACAUGCGGAGAGCUUGUGCACACGGGAUUCGUCAAUAAAGUGAUCGACGUGGGGUCCAAGGACUCUCCCAAGUUUUUGGAACAAGUUUUGAAGGAAGUGGAUGAUCGGCUGGGCGAGCAUUUGAACAGCGACAGCUUAGUAAAGAUCAAGGCGUUAAUUCGGAAACCGGAAAUGGAAGUUCUGGAUAAACAGGGAGUGGAGGAGGUAUUUGCGGGACUGCAGAGAUUUUUGAAGGGUGUGCCUCAGGAGGAAUUUAGGAAGAUUGCAAGUGGGGAAAAGAAGCACAAAUUAUAGAUAUGCGAUGUAUUGUCGGGAAGAAAUUGAGACCAGGUGGAUCUAGGUGGACCUGGAUG